GACAGGGAGGCGGGCCGGUCUUCUCCCAGCCCCAGGAUGGCCCCAAGUGUCAGCGGCUCAGCUGUGGGGCUAAAGGGGCGGCAGAGGGCAUAGACGGUUCCUGGGGAAGAUAUUUCCCCUGUCCUAAGCAGAUCUGGAUGGGGGGCCUUUGUCACCAUGGAUGGGGUACUAUACAAAUGGACCAACUAUCUGAGCGGCUGGCAACCUCGAUGGUUCCUUCUUGGAGGAGGGGUGUUGUCCUAUUACGACUCACGGGAAGAUGCUUGGAAAGGUUGUAAGGGAAGUAUCCAGAUGGCAGUAUGUGAAAUUCAAGUUCAUUCUACAGAUAACACACGGAUGGAUCUUUUUAUCCCAGGAGAACAGUACUUCUACCUGAAAGCCAGAAAUGCAGCUGAGAGGCAAAAGUGGUUGGUUGCCCUAGGAACUGCCAAAGCCUGCUUGACUGACGUUAGGACACAGAAGGAGAAAGGCAAGCUCUUCUCUGAGUUUACAGAAAACACUGAAGUACUCAAAAAACGAAUGGCAGAACUUAGACUAUAUUGUGACCUCCUUGUUCAGCAAGUGGAUAAAACUAAGGAAAUGGGCCUAUCCAGUGUAGCAGAAUUUGAGAAUGAAAUUGAUAUGGGAGCACUGUUGAAAUCCACAUGUACCACAUUCCUGAAGACUCUUGAAGAAUGUAUGCAGAUCGCCAACACAGCCUUCUCUUCAGAACUGCUGCAGUGCACACCAUCUGGGUCUCCACAUUCAGUAGCUCUCAAAUCAAACAAGCUGAAACCUCCUGGCAUACCUAGUCACACUAUAUCAGAAAGGCAGAUGGAACUGAAAAACUGUGAAAACGGCUCUAUAUAUGCAAACUCUAACUUUCAUGAACAAACCCUGGUUGAUAACCGGAUACCUGUACUCCAGAAAACGGAUGAGAUGAACUGUGAAGUAAAUGAUGAGAAGAAUUUGACAGGUGAUAUCAGUGAAGAUGGCAGGAACCAGUUGCCACCGAAAGAGGAGAAUCGUGAUGGUGAAUCUUUGCAGCCCAAGGUCCAUUCUGCAAGCCAGUCAACAUCGUUGCAUUUGGCAGAAGAAGACCAGGAUUUUCCUACUUUCUUUAGUGUCAUGAGCAAUAGAUUCAGUGAUAUCGACCUUUUGGAGGAUGGUGGCAUACCCACAGAAGAAUUUCUGCAAUCUUGUUAUGCAAUAGUUCCAGUCUUGGACAAACUUGGAUCCACAGUCUUCGCUCCUGUUAAGAUGGACUUUGUAGGAAACAUCAAGAAAAUAAAUCAGAAAUAUAUAACCAACAAAGAUGAGUUCAAUACUCUUCAGAAAAUUGUCCUCCAUGAAGUGAACACCGAAGAAGCCCAAGUUAGAAACUCUGCAACCGAGGCUCUCCUCUGGCUUAAAAGGGGUUUAAAAUUUCUGAAGGAGUUUUUAACAGAGCUAAAGAACGGAGAGAAGAAUAUUCAAACAGCACUGAAUAAUGCUUAUGGCAGAACAUUACGACAGCACCAUGGGUGGGUCGUCCGUGGAGUUUUUGCGCUAGCUUUAAGGGCAUCCCCCACCUACGAAUGCUUUGUGGCUGCCCUGUCUGUCGGAGAAUGCGAUCAUCAAGAACUUUUUUAUAGAGGGAUGCAAAGGGACCUCAGCAUCUACCUACCAGCCAUGGAAAAGCAGCUCGGCAUCUUGGAUGCACUGUAUGAGGAACACGGGCUGGAGUCAGAUGAAGUGGUGUGAGCUCCAGCCAAAGCAGUGCCUCGCAAAUUCAGGGAUUGUGUUUGUUAACAUAGCUUUUUUCCCCAGAAGGCUAUUUCUGUUUCUUUGGUGUUUUUUCUCCAAACUUGAGAUGGGAAAGGACUCAAAGGUUUCCUUUUUUUAUACACAGGGUUUUUAAGAAAAUUAAUAAUGCUUGUUUGUGUUUAAAUGCAAAGGUGCUAUAUAUUCUGGCAAUGCUAUGCCUAUCCUCAUGGGAAAGCAUCUUACGCCAAAUCCGGUAGUGUUUACCAUGCGGCAGACCAUCCGUUGAGGUUGAAGACAUGGAGUUUAGACCCAUUGUACUAAACAGCUUGGAAUGUAUCCAAGCGAGUGAAGUGGUUCCAGGUUCACAUCAAUGGGAGCAAAAAGCAGAAUUUAGACUUGCGAUGACAAUUCUCUGCCAAGAUUUCUAAGCCACUUCCAACGUUAGCACGCAGGCAAGGCAUUCUUGUAUGCUAAAUUAUAAGCAGGGACCAGAGAUUAAUAUCACAAUUUACGCAUUCAGUGAUGAGGGCCACAUCAGUAUGCACUAGCCAAGGAUCUGCCCAUGAUACUUUUCAUAAGCAACGGCAGCCAUCUUCUUCUAAAAUAAGGGCAUAUUAAGCUUCCCAUGGUUGGACCUUUAGAACUAAGGGGAAAGCACUGGAGAAAUCUUAGUGCUGGCAUUGGUCCUUACUCUGCAAUCACCCCAAUGCAGUACAAUUUGGUGUCGGUGUGUGUGUGUGUGUGUGUGUGCACAGUGCAUUUGCUGUGUAACUUGUGGGAAACAGAUGCACUGGAAGAUACAACCUUUAUUUUAAGGGCCUUUUUGCUGCCAGAUCUUAUUGAUUCUGUGUGUGAUUUAAAGAGCUAGCAGAUCUGGGUUACAAGAAGCUGGAUUUGAACAGAAUCAGUGCUAAAGGGUUUGUGAUCCAUGCCACAAGAACAUUGCUUGGUAGCUGGGAAACUUUUUUUUAAAAGGGCUCAAAAUCUCACCAAGCGUACAAGAGCUGCUGGCACUGUUAAAAGGCAUAACUGGUUUGUCUAAGCAGAGUUCAGGGUGAACAGGUUUCCUUGCAGCUGAAGAUAAAAAUCCAAAUAGGCUGCAUACAGAAUGUAUUCUAUUAGUGCUAAUGUUCAGCUCAAGAGUUUCUUCUGACCACUGAGGAAUUAAUUCAGAAUUUUUAUGUCACUCAAUGGGUAAGAGGGAGGACAGCAGUCUGGAAGAGCAGGGGCUAACGUUCUGCAACCUAAGGGCUCCCUACCAAUGUACUUAACAGUGGCCAAGAGAAGUUCCUGGCCGUCGUGUUUUUCAUUUCUUUCCCAGCACCUUGCCAGGCAGCCUCCAUUUCCCCCAUCCCACUGCACUGCUGUCUCCACUUGUUCUUUGGCAUGGUUCUCCUCCUCGUUGCUGUGUCACAUACACUCCAGUAUCGCACAGGAUGGACACUUUGCUUUCUUGAAAUGCUUGGAGUUGUGCGCUUACUGUUUUGUCACACCAGUUUGGAAACAAUGGAGGCCUGGGGGAACUGUGUUAAUUCCGGUAAUUGGAAGCCUGUUGUGUGACGUCCUCAGCCACAUGGGGAAGCCCACCAUUCUCUUUCCACAGAUUUUAAUGCACUUGGUAAUGCUAGGCUUAACCAGAUGGCUGGAGGCAACAGUGCCUUUCCACAUGGCUACAGGUACCAUUUGUGAAACCUGCAGCAUUGCUCCCAGUCAUUCGAAUCUGUCAUCAGUGGCAUAGUUAUGAAAAAUAAAUAGAAAAAAAGUUUUCUGUGCUAACAGUGUUUCACCUUGACUAGUCUUGUCCCUACUGGAAUUAAUAUUCUAUUGCACCUUUUCUGUCUCCUAGGAGAAAUGCAUCUACUUAACCAUAAAACAAAUCCAUUUGUAUCUUAUGCUUGUGACCCCGGCACCUAGGGGAAGGGGAGAGAGCAACAAAGGCAAGAACCUUCCCCCCCAACAGUAACAUCCCCAAACACCACCAUAACUUUAUUGGUUACA